GCCCCACAGGAGGAUGAAACGAUCGCUUCAGACUCGGCUGUAAACAACAGUUAUGCAUCUCCAGCUGCUGAAACAGUCAACGUACCAACAGCGGUGUACUCGGACUCGAUGACGCAUUGUGGCAUCUGCAAAAGGAAACUGCGUGCAGGACGGAAAGUUUGCUUCCACUUUAAAUCCAAAAAGAAUCCAGCCAUCAAAUUACUCAACAAACAAUGCUACAACUGCUCAGAGGUGAUAUUGCUCCCUUGCAGCAUGAUCCUGGCUCCUGUGGAUGAUUCAGGAACUAUGAAGGAACUGUGCAGCCCCAAAUGCCUCGCCUCCUUCAACUCCAAGAAGGCCAAAGUUGCACCAAAACCGCCUCCGCCGCAGUGCAAGAUGUGCAACAAAGCCUGCAUUCCUCAGAACUCAAAGCUGACCCUCGAUGGUUUCAAGCACACAGUUUGCGGCGACGCCUGCUUCACCAACUACCACCAAGUCAACAACUUGACCGUGGUUACCUGCGACAUCUGUAGCUCCGCCUCCCUCCACAAACACUUCACCGUGAAGACAGAGGAAGGCAGCAAAUCCAUCUGCACCGACGAAUGUCUGGUCAAGUUCAAAGAGAGUGUUAAGAGUCCCCGGCUUUGCCCCAUGUGCCAGACGUCCCAUCAGAUGUCAGACAUGGUUGAAAAUAAAAACGACGAGGGGACGUUGGACUUCUUCUGUAGCAACCGCUGUAUGAUGGUGCACAAGGCUCAGACGCUCACCUUGUCAGGAAGGAACAGCCCAGUAUGUGAUAAGGAAGACAAACAGGUCAAACCGCUGCAAAAUUUGGAGUUUAUUAAACAAGAGCCCAUCGAGGAGGAGUGCAAGCCGAAUGUCUCGUCCUCCAUAUCCACAGAAAGCAUCAAGGACGAGCCUAGUAUGGCUAAGGAGGAGAUGAAAACUGAAGAAAGUCCGGUUCUAACCUCAUCAGGAGACCCCUCAUGUUCAGCUCCCACUGUCGCCGACACGGAUCUGUGGGAAUCGUGCUCCAGCUGCAGGAAAGCCCUGAUGGACGGAGAGAUAGUUUAUCAGAGGAAGAACCACACAAACAUCUUCUUCUGCUCCUCUGCUUGUCUUUUGAAGUUUUACAAAAUGAAACAAGUUAAGAGGAGCUGCACCUUCUGUCUGCAGGCGUUAUCGCAGGCUAAGAAAGUCCUGCAGGCCCCGGUGGACGAUGCAGGGACGAUGAAGGAUUUCUGCUGUCAGACCUGCAUGUUCUCCUUCAACUACAAGAUAAUGAUGCAAAGCAAAGUACCCAUCGUGCCCGUCGCCCCACACUCACAGUGCAACGUGUGCGGCAGAUAUUGCAUCAGUAAACAUGAGAUCAUACAUAUGGAAGCUGUCAAGAAGAUCUGCAGCGAUCCCUGUUUUCUCCGUUUAUGUAAUUUAAACAACCUGUCGAUCUGUCUGAACUGUCACUCGAACUGCAACGCACCGCUAACAAUCAGCAUGGAAGAUGGCAGCAAAAGACUCUGCAGUGCUGAUUGUUUCGCCCAGUACAAACAGAAAAUACAAACGCCGCAGUCCUGCUCCACGUGCAGCACCCAACUUUUAAUGUCGAACAUGGUUGACUGUAAAAACAGUGACGGCGAGGUGGAGCUCUUCUGUAACAACGGCUGUGUGGCGGCGGCGAAGAUCCUGGCGGUCAGUUCAUCAGGUGAUCCUGUUGAUUGUGACAGCUGUGGAAAGUCUUCAGUACCCGCCUGUCACCUCGCCGUGUCGGACGCCUCCAUCAGAAACUUUUGCUCCUUGAGCUGCGCCAUGACCUUUAAGCAAUCCCAGAGAGACGAACAUGUUCCCACUCGCCCUGCUGGAGCCUCCCAACAAACCCAGUGUGACCACCUCAAACCACCAGAGAAGCUGAAAUGUGCAAAGUGUCGACGCAAGAUGAAAACCACACCCAAAGUCAUCCAGAAUAAAGGCAGGAUGCAUUUCGUGUGCAGCGCGUCCUGUUCUCAAGCGUUCAGGAGGGACAACAAGAUUGUGGGAAAGUGUGAACACUGUAGGAAUGAAAGGAUCGUCAAAGUCGUCAUCAGAGUCAACGACAAGGACUGCUACUUCUGCAGUGCUGGAUGCAAGAUGCUCUUUCAGCAGGACUUGAAGAAACAGUGGGGGGAAUACUGCCAGUCGUGUGCUUACUGUCUCUCCAUCUCUAAGACGGUCAUAGUGGAGCGCUACGGAGACUCUGACCAGGCGUUGUGUUCUUACGACUGCAACUUGAAGUACAACCUGCUCUUUAACCAUUUUGCAAAGUGCGACACCUGCGGCUGUAAAGAAAAACUGACGCAGAGUAUCGCCCUGAUCGGAGAGGUCAAAUACUUCUGUGACAUGAAGUGUCUCCUACAUUUCUGCAACCAACACGCCCAAAUGGCAAACAGAGUCUCUCCACCUCCUCGAUCCGUCAGCGCAGAGGAGUCCUCCCCGGUCAUCACUAACGUCAUCUCACUCGCUGGUGCUUUGGCUAAACAGACGAGUUCCUCUGCCUGCUCUGCACAGCGUGGCUCACACACACAGACGUGGUCACCUGCCCCCGACAUUCACACAAAGGUCGUUGGACAUGCCGGUGUUCAAACAGUUCCUAAGGAGCUGAAGAACAAGUCCAUGCUCUGCACCCCGUUGGUCCAUAACAAAGGAGUCUCCUGCUCAACACAGACCGUCGACGCAGAAACACAAACAGAAAACUCUGACCCCAAAGCCGCCGCCUUGCCCUCCUCUAAUGUUCCUUUGUCGCUGAACAUGUACAGCCAGAACACACCGAAACCUCUAGGCCUGCCCGUACCGGAAGCAGGACACCAGGUGCAUUACAACUUAACUGAUGGGCAACAUCCCGAUCGAACAAUGAGACCGCACUCCAAAGAUCCUGCAGCAGAUAGUUGUCCCCAAACACCACAGGAGAUGGACAUCUCAGAAAGUGAUGACGAUGAUCAACAAGAAAGCAGUGAUGACGACGAUCAACAAGACAGCAGUGAUAUCCUGGUGGAUUCAUGUUCUACCACUGAAAAAAGAUUCUCGGAUAUGGACCAAAGCCAUGCAGCAGAUAGUUGUCCCCAAACCCCACAGGAGAAGGACAUCUCAGAAAGUUACGCCGAUGAUCAACAGGAAAGGCGUGAUGGCUUGGUUGAUUCAUGUUCUCCCACUGAAGAAGGAUUGUGCGACAUGGUUUCCCCUUCCCCGGAAAUGUCUGAGGAGGAAGUGGAAAAAAACCAGCAGGAAGAAGAAAAAGUAACCCUAAGGGAACCAUCAGUGGAGGCCCAACAAGUGACAGUUCCAAGCAACCCUGAGCCUCGCAUUGAGGUGAAAACAUGCUCAAACAAAACAAAUCAGAGGAUCUACGAUAAAAAGAGCUACUGCCUCUAUUGUGAGAAGCCGUAUGGAAAAAUUGCAAGACAUUUACUGCAAUCGCAUUCUGACAGAGCUGAAGUGGCUAAGAUCCUCACACACAACCAAGGGUCAGCCAUGCGGAGUCUUCUGCUGAGCAAAGUCAGAAACAUGGGGAACUAUAAACACAACUGUUCAGUGCUUUCCUCUGGAAAAGGACAAAUCGUAACGAAAAAGCAAGCAAGCCACCCAUCCUCCCACACGGACUAUCUGCCUUGCAAGUUCUGUUACGCCAUGUAUAUAAAAAAAGACAUCUGGAAACAUCACAUGCGUUGUAAGCUCCAGGUGAAAGAGGAUGGCCCGGUUAAAAGGAAAGCUCAAGCAAGAAGAUCCCUAUUGUUGCCUCAUUGCCUGUACAAUUCAGAUUCCAGUGGACUGAAAGAAAUUCUGGAGGACAUGGCAUGUGACAUUGUUACUAAAGUUGUGAAAUCAGAUGUCCUUAUAAUUGCCUUUGGAGAGAGGGUGUUUCCCAAAGACAGAAAAGAGGGACAACACAGGGCAGAUAUUAGAAAUAAAAUGAGGCAACUUGCCAGACUUGUUCUAGCAGCAAGAGAGAUCGACCCGGAAAUUAUCUCUCUGAAGGACUUGAUAAACCCUGGAAAGUUCGGCGCGGUUCUUGAGGCUGUUAAAACAAUGGCUCGGUUUGAGUCAGCACAAAGUGUUAUGGCUCCUUCGACAGCAAGCAAUCUGCACCAUGCCCUUUUAAAGGUGUCACUUAUACUGCAAGGACAGGCACUGCGUCAACAAGAUGGAGACUUACAGGCUAAAGCGGAGCGAUUUUCCAGGUUGAUUGAGGUUAAUGCUCAAGAAGAAUUAUACAAAAAGAAGUGGAACAUCCAAGAAAUUUUGCCUCUAUCAGAGGACAUUAAGACAUUAAACGACUACUUGAAAAGCCUUGAAGAGGUCCACAAACAGGCACUCAUUGAACAUCCAUCCCAAGAGGCAUGGAGUGAGCUCUCCAAGGUUACACUGACACAAUUGAUAUUAUUUAAUCGACAUUGUGAGGGAGAAGUUUCUAGAAUAGAAGUCCAAACCUACCUCCAAAGGGACAAAAGCAGAAUGACCUGCCUGACCCCCUUUGAGAGAAUACUGUGCGAGAAUCUCCUCAGAGUAGAGGUCCGGGGGGAAAGGGGCCGCAAAGCACCCUUUCUCUUCACAAGAAAUGUACAGGAAUCUGUGGAGCUUUUGAUUAAGACGAGGGGUAAAGUUGGAAUUUCAGCAACAAAUCCCUACAUUUUUGCCGUUGCUUGUUUUGGGUCACAGGAGAACAUUCAGGGACGUGACAGCGUGAAACAUUUUGCAGAAUCUUGUGACGCAAAACAUCCAGAAAACAUCACAUCCACCAAGCUAAGGAAGCAUGUGGCCACGGUUUCACAGCUCCUCAACCUGCAAAAUCAUGAACUAGACCAGCUGGCAACCUUCGUGGGUCUUGAUAUUGAAGACCACAGACUACCUGAAGCAUCUCUCCACAUGACAAAAGUAAGCAGGCUUAUGUUUGCACUGCAAGGUGGAAUUGGCAAAAAUGAAGGAAAAACCCUGGAAGAGUUGACACCAAACCUCAACUCUGAGGAAUUUGUAGACUCAGAUGUGGGUGAGGUCCAAUCUGAGCAGACGGCUUCCACAAGUCAACAAGGAAAGUCAGGGGCUGGAUUUAAAUCUGAGGAUAAGGAUACAUUAUCAUCACAACCAUCACAUCAAAGGGUGAAGAGAAGGCCCUGGUCACUGAGGGAGAGAGAAAUCGUUGAACACCACUUUAAGCACUUCGUGGAGGAAAUGACGAUCCCGAGGAAAGUGGACUGCCAAAGAUGCGUCGAUGAAAACCAAACUCUGAGAGAUAACCGAAGAGACUGGAAGGCGGUGAAAUAUUAUGUGCACAACAAAAUAAUAUCUGUCAAGAGAAAAGGGAGCGAACAGCAUUCAAGCCAAUAACAUUGGGGGCCAAGAAUCUUCAGAGUGGACAUUUUAAAUCCCUCCUGGAGCUUGCACUAUGGAGUAUCAUUGACUUGUGCCUGAGUUCUGGGAGCUUUGCAUCAGUAGAGCAUCAGUCACAACUUUGGUACAUGCCAGUCGAGCACCAUUCUUUAUUUCAUUGUGUUCUGUUUUAUUGUACACAUGAAACAGCAAAACCUUAUUGCUCAAUGGAGCAUCAUUGUGUUAAACACAACAGAGUUUACUACGUUGAUAGAUUUCAUAUUUAACAUUAACAAGGUAUCAGUGGCUUUGUCCUGAGCUUACAAAAUUUUAAUUUGAUGAGCUUUCUCUUUGGGUUUCUCUUUCCAUUAUCAGGAGUUCAGUAAAGCAAGCCCUCGGUUAAGGAGUGUGUGACUUUGUAAGCAUUGUAAAUAACACUUUUGGCUUAUUAAAGUGCGGCAUUUUUUUUUUACUGUUUAUUUGCGGCUGUCUUUCAUGUAAAAUAAAGAUUGGGAUUCGAAACAUAAAAAUAACUUUUGUUUUAUUCUCCUACUGUUUUUAUUGUAAUUGACCAAAAUACC